GUUGCCGAAGCAGAGACAAUUGUCAUCUCAACUUCUCAAAGGAAAUUCUUUUUCUUCUUUCGGGUGAUUGGAACAAAUUCAAGCCUUCUCUUGCUACGAUACCAUUACCUCAUCACCAAUACCCUCAAGUGGCUUUCUUCAUGUCUAACUACACUUAAUCCUCUCCCUACAACCCCUAGGAAGCUAUGGCACCACCGUUCGGAAGCCUGGCGCUGUUAGCCACGGUCGCCGGAGUGCUUGGACAAACUACCAUUAGUGACGAUAGAACUACCAUGACCGGCUCGACAGUCUCAUUAACUAAAGUUACGACUCCAACCGAUGCAUAUCAGUCUUUUUCUACCCAGAUUACUCUGGGUACUGGCCUUGGCUCGAUCGAGACCGAUGGUACUUCUAUAGCUUCCAACAGCACAACAAAGUCUACAAUAAAGUCCCCGAAGAGCGAGACGGUGACGUUCCUGACUGGAUCUGUUGUAACGACAACGUCAUCAUCUGGUGAGAAUGUCACUUCUUCUACUUCGUCACCCACGCCAGAAGUGACCAAUACGCAACCCUGCAACAAUUAUCCUGAGUUUUGCAGCCGAAAAUAUAGCAAUAUUACGCAAGUCGCUUGCCACAACUCCCCCUUUAUCACGCCAAACAAUUUGGCAGCGAACCAACAGUACGAUGUUACGUCUCAGCUAAAUGACGGUGUACGAUUUAUCCAGGGCCAAAUACAAUGGCCUACUGGAGGGAACGAGCCUCAUUUCUGUCAUACGAGCUGCGAUAUCCUUGACGCUGGCCCGAUCACCGACUGGCUCACCCAAGUGAAGAACUGGGUUGCAGCCCAUCCCUACGAUGUAGUUACCAUACUCCUAGGCAAUGGAAAUUAUUCGGUUCCCAGCUUAUACGUGCCAUAUAUUGAGCAAACCGGCAUACUGCGGUACAUUUACACGCCGCCCUUCGUUCCUAUGGCCUUGGAUGAUUGGCCAACUCUAAGCGAAAUGGUUCUGAAAGGACAAAGAGUCGUGAUGUUCAUGGACUACAUGGCAAACCAAACACAAUAUCCGUGGCUCCUGGACGAGUUCUCGCAACUGUGGGAGACACCGUUCGACCCGGUUGACCAGAAAUUCCCCUGUACCGUGCAACGCCCACCGGACUUGGCCGAGAAAGAUGCCAAGAACCGGCUGUACAUGAUCAAUCACAACCUAAACAUUGAGCUUUCCAUCCUCGGCACUGAUAUGUUAGUGCCCGCCCGGACGGAGCUGAACGUGACAAACAACGUGACAGGAGUUGGCAGCCUUGGUCUUUCGGCUAACAACUGCCGCACUGACUGGGGGCGAGCGCCAAACUUCUUGAACGUGGACUACUACAAUAUGGGAGGGUUUCCAGGAUCCGUCUUCGAAGUGGCUGCUCAGAUGAACAAUGUCACUUAUAACCGCCAGUGCUGUGGUAUGAAUACGAGCGGAGCGGGAAGUCUACUUAGCGGCGAAUUCAUAUACCCAUUAGCAAUGCUGAUAGCAUUUUGGGCAUUACUAUGUUAAAUAGAGUUUGCAUUCAUGGAGUCAUCGCGUGGGCGGCAUAUUUAUAGAGGGAGCGUAUGCUGCGUUCAGGCUUGCGACUCGGGCCAACGGCAUUGGAAACUGACACAGUUGAUCUUUGGGAUUUAAUCUAUAAUUUAAUAGAAGCCUUCUUUCUAUCUACAAUGUUUAUCGGGUUUACUGUUACUAUUUAUGUAAGGAGAGUUCUCUCUAGAGACUUUGUGUCACACAAGACAGACACACAGACGAAUAGCGAUUUCUAUACUUGGGAUGUCGCUUGUCCUUGUACUGAGGCUUACAAGGCA